AUGGAGGUUGAGAAAAAGUUGUCGUUGCGCUCCACGUCGAAGAUGAAUUGCGUGUCGAAGACGACAGCAUUUAACCAAACGAAAGCUGGUAAAUGCCAACGUCCCAGCGGACCGCUUCAUCGCAAUCCAUAUUUGAAUUUUCUACGCGAAUUUCGUCAACGCAAUUGUGGUCUCUCAGCUGUGGAAAUCAUACGACGCGGCGCUAAGGAAUGGAAUAAUAUGGCAAAAGAGAGCAAAUUGCGGUAUAUUGAAGAGGCUUUUUAUGCAGCCAAGAAAAGAAAACUACCACUAUCGCCGCCACAAGAGCAGCAGCGGCAGCGGCAGCAGCUGCAGCAGCAACUGAUUAAGCCGACAAAAAUGCGGGUGGUGUCAUAUGCGAAAGACUGCGGCCCUGUGUGCCCUAGGGCAAAUGCUGGUUGUAAAAAACGCCGCAAGAGGCGAAUGGCUAAAUGUGGACGCAAAAGGCGGCCAAAGAUGAGUUGCGCCAUGAAACGACGACCGAUGCGCCGUUCUUGUCGAAGGAAGAAGAGGCGAAGUUGCAGAGUCUAG